AGGCACGCAGUUACCCCCGGGGCGGGUGUUGAUACAGUGGCAGGCGGGUGAUUCGUUCAGCUCUUUAGUUCCUGGGAGGCCCAGAGCACAUUCCAGCCUCUUAACAUCCAGUUAGUGGUUGCCAGUUCCUAGGUGGAGGCCUUACCCUUGAGCCCCACCAGCCACUUACAAACAAGCAGAGACUGGACCCAAAAGUCAGCGUGAGGACGUGGGCAGGGACUGGCUGGCUGGUAGCAAGGACAACUGGGCUUAAGUCCGGUCUCUGCCACAGGAGUCCUCAAACUUGAACAUACAUCAGGAUUACCUAGAGGGCUUGUUAAAAUACAGAUUUCUGGGUUCCACCCCCAGAAUUUUUGUCUCCUCCGGUCUGGGAUGUGGCCUGAGAAUUUGCAUUUCGAGUUCCGGGUGGUUCUGAUGCUGCUGGCCUGGGAUCCUCACACUAGCAAGGCGACCUUGUGUGUGGGCCUCGCUUCCUUUCUACACUUCAGUUUUCUCAUCUGGAAAAUGGGAGUGGUACUUCUGGCUUUGUUCCAUACUCUAGAGCUAUCGUGAGAAUUAUAAGGCCUGACACGUGCAGGAAUUUUAUAUCCCGUGGCACGUGAGGAGCUAUUAGAAAGUGGCAGUGUAAUCUGUGCAGCAGGCGCAUGGCUCUAGCACUUGGGGAGGGUUUGCCAUUUGCCUCGGGAGUCUCAUCUCUUUGAUUGGUGUUCAAUUGUUCAUUUAUUUGGCAGCUAGCUAUGUGCCAAAUAGCACCUUCUGCAAUGUGCCAGGCAUUGCUAAGCAUUUGGGAUAAAGACAGGUAUGGUCCCCUUUCUCCCCUCCCUGCUUUUCUAGGACACAGACAUUGGGUCCUUAGCAUAUCCUGGUCCCCAGAUGGCAAGAAGCUGGCUUCAGGCUGUAAGAAUGGCCAGAUUCUCCUGUGGGACCCAAGCACAGGGAAGCAAGUCGGCAGGGCACUCACUGGCCACAGCAAGUGGGUCACAGCCCUGAGCUGGGAGCCGCUCCACGCCAACCCCGAGUGCCGCUACGUGGCCAGCAGUUCCAAGGACUGCAGUGUGCGGGUCUGGGACACGACCUCGGGCCGCUGCGAGCGCAUCCUCACCGGGCACACGCAGUCAGUCACCUGUCUCCGCUGGGGAGGGAACGGGCUUCUCUACUCGGCCUCCCAGGACCGCACCAUCAAAGUCUGGAGGGCUCAUGAUGGCGUGCUGUGCCGGACUCUGCAAGGCCACGGCCACUGGGUGAACACCAUGGCCCUCAGCACUGACUACGCCCUGCGCACGGGGGCCUUUGAGCCCGCUGAGGCCUCAGUGAACGCCCAAGACCUCCGAGGGUCCUUGCAGGAGUUGAAGGAGAAGGCUCUGAGCCGCUACAACCUCGUGCGGGGCCGGGGCCCAGAGAGGCUGGUGUCUGGUUCAGAUGACUUCACCCUGUUUCUGUGGUCCCCGGCAGAGGACAAGAAGCCCCUGGCACGGAUGACGGGGCACCAGGCUCUCAUCAACCAGGUAGUCUACUCCCCAGACUCCCGAAUCAUCGCCAGCGCCUCCUUUGACAAGUCCAUCAAGCUGUGGGACGGCAGGACGGGCAAGUACCUGGCCUCCCUGCGCGGCCACGUGGCUGCCGUGUACCAGAUCGCGUGGUCGGCCGACAGCCGGCUCCUGGUCAGCGGCAGCAGUGACAGCACGCUGAAGGUGUGGGAUGUGAAGGCCCAGAAGCUGUCCAUGGACCUGCCGGGCCAUGCAGAUGAGGUAUAUGCUGUCGACUGGAGUCCUGAUGGCCAGAGAGUGGCCAGUGGUGGGAAGGACAAGUGCCUCCGGAUAUGGAGGAGAUGAGAAGCCCCCCAGGUCUCCGGGAUCCCCACCUGGACUCAGCCUCCACCCGCUACCGGCUUUGACGGGAGGCCUCAGGCUGGGCGAUGACCUUGAGAACUAGCGUGGCCUGCUGUCCUCGGUCAGACCCCACAGGGGUCCCUCCGCAGAACAGGAGGUCGAAGGUCGCAGGAGGUCAUCACUGAACCCAGUCCUCGGCCAUCCUCAGUACCUCGCUGGUGUGAGCAGGGGUGGCGGGAGGCUGGGCAGUGACCAGCUGCUGCCUUUUCUAAAUGCCGUCUCUUCAGGGUCAAGCCCCGGAUUCUGUGACCAAAUAAAUAACUUAUAUUUUGUGUG